GAUUACCUGACAAUUGCCUACUCUUGACGAAUCGAGUAUAUAAUCGUUGUAGAACGGGACUCUUUUUAGCUAUCGGCACUUCGUUUCACAUACUGAAAGAUUGUCUUGAUCAUGGCGAGUCAACUGAAAAAUGUCAUUGUAGUGGGAGGCUCCUAUGUUGGACGAGCUACAGCGCAAGAACUUGCCCGUAUCAUACCCACGACACACAGAGUGCUAUUGAUUGAGCCACAUAGCCAUUUCCAUCACCUGUUCGCAUUUCCUCGAUAUUCCGUUGUUCCUGGUCACGAGCAUAAGGCAUUUAUCCCAUACACAGGUGUCUUCAACUCCUUACCUAAUAGCUCGUCACAUGCCGUUGUGCAAGCACGGGUCCUUUCUGUCCAGCCUCAGUAUGUGAAACUUGAUCGGGAAUGGCAGGGAUCUAAUCAGAUUCCUUUCGAAUACCUCACCAUCGCAACUGGAACAACUCUGGCAGAGCCCGGCACUAUAAAGCACGAUGACAAAGUGUCUUCAGUUCAGUAUCUGCAGAGGCACCAGGAGCAAGUGAAGAAAGCCAAUUCCAUUCUUAUAGUCGGUGGAGGAGCCCUUGGAGUUCAAGUGGCCACAGACCUCAGAGAAUACUACCUUGAAAAGGAAGUCACACUUGUACAUUCUCGGGCACAGGUGAUGCCGGCUUUUCACCCCAAGAUUCAUGACAUAGUCCAAAAAAGAUUCGAUGAACUCGGUGUCAAACUAAUUACAGGUGCUCGAGUGGUGGUACCAUCAGAGAGAUUUUCAACUGAUGGAUCUCAAUAUGAAGUCCAUCUGACCAACGGCACAAGACUAACGGCGGAUUUUGUGAUCCUAGCCACUGGGCAGAAGCCAAACAAUGACCUCCUCAGAGAUCUUAUUCCUUCGAAUGGCGAGUCUCUGGCCAACCCUAAAAAUGGCUUCAUCCGCGUUCGACCGACCUUGCAAUUUCUGGACAGUAAAUAUCCCAAUCUAUUUGCCGUGGGUGAUAUUGCGGAUACUGGAUUGCAUAAGGCCGCAAAGCCCGGGGCUGCACAAGCUGCUGUCGCUGCUAGAAAUAUUCAAGCCAUGAUUGAAGGGAAAGAACCUCGGGAACACUUCAGUUGGAGCCCGGCAGCAAUCCAUCUCACUCUGGGAUUAGUAAAAACGGAAUAUUCUUUUCCGCAAUCCCUCUGGCGAGCAGACUGAGCCAACUGUGAAAUCCAGUGACAAUGGCCAGGAGGAUCUGGGAGUGGAAGCAGUAUGGGCAAGAAUGAAUGUGCCCGUCGACAGUCCAAGUCGGUACCAUUUAUAGGACAAUGCCGUAUCUUGCUUACUUGCUUCAUUGUACAACACAUAAUCAAAGAUUGCUGGAUGAAAGAGAAUGAAUGGCUGGCUUAUGAUAGAUUAUAAAGAAUAAGAUUUCGGUGUCCUGAUAAGUCGACCGCGUUUGUUCCUUCCCUCUUUGUCGUUUGCCCUGCUACCACAUGACUAGACUCAUCUCAUCUUCCACUCUUGCUCAUUUUACCUUUUUACUCGUUUCUACACUUCAUCGGAUCCUUACUUUACCAUCAUGUUU